AUUUGGCCCUCCUGCUUUGCCAUACAACUGACAGCAGCUUGUCCACUGUUGGCUGAACAUAUCAGAGUACUUGUAAAUUUGUGUCAGUCUUGCAGUGUUUGAGCGGUAAAUGUGACAGUAUAGAUGCUCCAGGCGGGUCCUCCGGGUCUGUCAGGCCUGUGCCGAGUCACCGACCACCUUUAUCUGAGUAACGGCAGAGCGGCUAACGAUUCCUCCCAGGUGUCUCGGUUCAACAUCACCUGCAUAGUGAACGCCACCGAGACAAGGAGCAGCUGCCCUCCUCCUCCAGGAGUGGAGGAGUACAUCCACAUCCCGGUGUCUGACUCUCCCGUGGCCCCCCUUUUCGAGCAGUUUGACGGGGUAGCAGAUAAAAUCCAGCAGACUGCGGAGAGCGGAGGCCGGACAUUGGUGCACUGUAACGCCGGUGUGAGCCGCUCUGCAGCUCUUUGCAUGGCUUACCUGAUGAAGCACACAGGUGUGACCCUGCUGGAGGCCCACAGGUGGAUGAAGACUUGCCGACCCAUGGUGAGGCCUAAUAACGGCUUCUGGAAACAGCUUAUAAAGUAUGAGUUGGAGCUGCGGGGGUGUAACUCUGUCCGCAUUGUCUCCUCCUCCAUGGGAGAAAUACCAGACAUUUAUGAGGAGGAGGCCAGAAACAUGAUGCCACUGUGAAGAAGUCACUGCUGUCAACAACAGAGGAACAUACUGUACUCUAUCUGACACCCCUGCAGGGAUCAAAUGCAGUUUUGUCAUGGAAAGACACAAAGGCUGAACUGCUCCUGACUGUUAUUGUGGGCUUUUAUUGUACUCUUUUGCAUUCAUCUUUAUUACUUGUAUGCAAGUUACUGUUUUAAAUUACUAUAAAUAAAGGUAUGAUCUUGUAUUGCA